AUGGCCAAAAUCUCCAAGCCUCAGCCACCUUCAACUACCACCACCAUCAUGGACGGCCAAUUCCCCUUCGAUACCCUCACGGCUACCGCCACCUCUCUCUCGAACAUGCUCCGCGCGGGGUCGCUGACAUCGGUCGAGCUGGUCGACGUCUACCUGGCACAAAUCGAGCGGCACAACCGUAAGGGACGACAGCUCCGUGCCAUCAUCUCCGUCGCUCCACGCUACCACCUCUUCGCCAUCGCACGGCGGCUGGACGAUGAGCGGCGAGCCGGACGGGUACGCGGGCCUCUUCACGGCAUCCCCAUCGUGGUCAAGGACAACAUCGCCACGGACGCCCUGGCGCACCAGCUCGACACGACGGUUGGCUCGUACGCGUUCGUGGGCGCGCGGCCGCGGCGGCCAGCAACGGUAGUCGAGCGGCUGAUGGCGGCGGGGCUGAUCGUGCUGGGCAAGGCGAACCUGUCGGAGCUGUGCGGGCUCAAGUCGGCCGAGAUGACGCCCGGCUGGAGCGCCGUGGGGGGCCAGACGCAGUCGCCCUUUGUCGCGCGCCGCCUGGAAAAGGGUGUGCUCAUCUGGGACCACACUGCACCGGGGGGCAGCGGCGCGGGCUCGGCCGUCAGCGUCGCCGCCGGCUUCGUGCCGCUGGCCGUCGCCACCGACACGGUCGGCAGCCUCAUGGCCCCCGCCAACCGCGCCGCCCUGUACGCCCUCAAGCCCACCGUCGGCGAGGUGCCGACCGACGGCGUGCUGGCCCUUAGCCGCAGCUUUGAUGCUGUCGGCGCGGCUGCGAAGUCGGCGGCUGAUCUGACUUUUCUGAUGGACGCCCUCAUGCAGCCGCUGCCCCGCGAGCUGGAGUCGACGCCGUUAAGGUACAGGCUCUUUCAGGUUAGGAGUCAGUGGAACGGGCUGCGUGUGGGGUUUGUGGAUCCGGCGAUUUGGAAGGUGGGGAAGGACUUUUCGAGGUUGAAUGCGGAUGCGGAGAAGUAUAUGAUGAGCAUGUACGAGAUGGCGAUAUCGAGGAUACGGGAUAACGGCGCGGUAGUGUCGUACCCGGUCCAGGCUCCAUCGCCGCAGGUAUUCCGGAACAGCGGGCCAAUGAGCAGCUUCGAGAUAGUAGCAUACAAAGAAUUUAAGACUAUAAUCGCCGAGUUCUUCGCCAAUCUGGAAGAAAGCCGAGUCCGCUCGCUGGCCGGGCUGAUCGAAUUCAACGCCGAGCACCCGGACAUCGAACUACCCAAGCCGACGUGCCCAGACCAGGACGACCUAAUCGCAGUGCUCAGCGAGAGUACGCCCGAAAGCGUGGUGAAGGACCAUCUGGAAGGGCUACGGCGGCUCGGCGGCGCCGAGGGCAUCGACCUCGUGCUUGACUACUACGGCAUCGACGUGCUAGCAGCGCCCGGCGACAGCGCGCUAUGCGAGCUCGCCGCCGCAGCGGGCUACCCCAUCGCGGUCGUGCCGCUCGGCGCGCUGCGGUCGAACGGGCGGCCCUUCGGCGUCGCGGUCACGGCGAGGGCACACGCCGAAGCAAAGCUGCUGCACUUCAUGACGGCCUGGGAGUCCGUCUUCCACCCCACCAACAACAACUCCCCUUCCCCGUCGUCUUCCUCGUCCUCCCACUCCCACUGCUCUGCUCACUCCGCCCACUCCGCCCUGACGUCGUCCUCUGCAUCCUCGUCCUCCUCCUCCCGCCCCAUACCGCUCCCGCUCGACUCCGUCCCCUUCCCCAAACCCGACGAGCUCCUCCCGCCCGACGGCCCCGUCAUCAAGGUCAUCCUGAAGGAGUGGGACACGCGCGACUUCCGCCAGAGCAGCGACGCGCUGACCAGCUGGCUCAACGCUCGCUGGCGCAAGAGCGGGUACAGCUUGAGCAUGGAGACGGUGUACGAGAUCCUCAAGACGAACGGGAGGAGGGCGUACAGGGGGUUGGGGGAUGAGGCGGGCGGUGCGUUUAGUAGGAGGAGGCUUGGUGGGGAGGAUGAGGGGGAGAGGGAGGGAGUGGGGGUGGGGGUGGGGGUUGUUGCGGGGGGCGGUGCGGUGAAGCCGUUGUUUGGGCCUUGA